CGGCUUGAGCUAUUGGCUGGGGAAGAGCUUAACCACAUAAGCUCGGUCGUAGUACAGGGAGGUUUAGUUUAGAAUAGUUUCAUUGCUCUUAAGCCCUUUUUGUGAGUUAAUAUUUCUAAGAAAUGAAUGCGUGAUUUGGUGAUGUCAUGUUAAACCAUUUACUAAGAGACGAGCACGGUCAUGCAAUUCUGGUUCCAGGGAGCCAAUAAAAGUUUGCAUCUUUUCCAGUUUUCUUUGAAAAGAAAAAAGAAAAACCCUUUGUUUAAUUACCGGUAUCAGUUAAUAUUACUGUGCUCAAUUCACCCAAUAUGAGCCUGGAUAGAAUAUGCAAUUCUGUGAUGUCAUGUUAAACCGUUUUCUAAGAGAUGAAAAUGUUCAUGCAAUUCUGGUUAACUGGGAGCCAAAUAGCGCAUGCAUUUCUUGCUUCUUCUCUUUGCUAAACAAAACCCUUCCCUUUCUUCAUUUUAAAUGCACUGGCAAACUUGCAUCACCAUUACAUAAUAGAUAAUAUUCACCUUAAUUCACAUCCCUCUCCUUUUCUCUCCCCCUCUGAGAUUCUCUCUCAAAAUGGGAAGGCCACCUUGCUGUGAUAAAUCAAAUGUGAAGAGGGGACUCUGGACUGCAGCCGAGGAUGCGAAACUUCUUGCUUGCGUAUCCAAACAUGGAGUCGGAAAUUGGACUGUGGUUCCUAAGAAAGCAGGAUUGAACAGAUGUGGGAAGAGCUGCAGGCUUAGGUGGACUAAUUACCUCAGGCCUGACCUCAAGCAUGACACCUUCACUCCUGAAGAGGAAGAGCAUAUUAUCAACCUUCAUAAGGCUAUAGGAAGCAGGUGGUCUCUGAUUGCAAAGCAACUACCAGGAAGAACAGAUAAUGAUGUGAAGAACUACUGGAAUACCAAGCUGAAAAAGAAGCUUUCCAAGAUAGGAAUCGACCCUGUAACCCACAAACCCAUCUCCCAGAUCCUGUCUGACUAUGGAAACAUCACUAGCCUUCCAAACCACAUCGGUAACCAUUUUGGGCCAUCCUUCAACAACAAGUUGAACAUGAGCACCACAUUUGUACCUGAAUCAGAUCCAUCUUCGGGGAUCACAGGACUUGCUUACACCAAUAUGAUGAUGAUGAUGAACCCCAUUAUGGAGUCACAAGACUAUUCUUCUACUAGUACUCUUCCCUUCGGCUUUCUGUCUCAGUUUCGAGCAAUGAAUCAAGACGACAAUGUUUCAUUGCCUCCACACUUUUUGAAUGAAGUAACUUCCUCUUGCUCAUCAUCAUCUUCUCCUCCUGCUACUGAUCUAUUGAGCCCGCAAUGUCACGCGUCUGCACAAGUUGUCACACCGUCUUCUUCUCCUUUUAAUUGGAGUGAGUUCCUUCUCCAUGACCCUUUUUCAUCCGCAGAUCAACCCAAGCAAGAAGAAGUAUUUCAAGGACUGCUGGCAUCACCAGCCAAUCCGACAGUUGGUAAUGGAAUUCAGUCUCAGGCCUUUGAAGUUGGAUCUUCAUCAGUCAUUAAUGGAGGUCCAAGCUUGAACAACAACAAAAAUUUGGCUAAUGAUCACAUAGCUUCUUCUUCUUCAUCUUCCUUGAGUUCAUUUGUGGAUACUAUCUUAGGUCAAGAUAGUGAGAUGAGGGCAGCAUUGUUCCCUGAACUUUUGGAUGGAUGUUUUGAUUACUAAUGAUAAUGCUUUGGCAUCAUAGUUGGCAGUUUUGCUUU